CUCUUACAGCUAUCUGUAACUUAGAGGCCGCUGGUCUGCACUGACCUAUAAAUCCUGGGGGAGGAAAUCCAGCUGUGUCUACAGUGAGAGUCGGCCAGUCAAUAUAGGAAGUAGAAAGCAUGCUGCGUAGAGAGCUGACACUGAACUUCACCCCUGGGUGCUAGUACUGCCCAUGGCUGUACCAGGCUGUCCUGUACUAGAGUAUACUGCCAGACUGGGCAUGACCCCAAUGCAUGCUGGGGUUCAGACUGACCACGAUUAGCAGCACUGCCCUCAUGAGUGAGUGCCCACUCAGUACUGGCCGCCCAUGCAAAGAGCUGCUCAGAGGGAACUGCAGGUGACUUUAACCCGCUCAUGCACUAACAGCCCAGCUCCCACUACCUGCUGUGACAUGGAUGCCCUGGGGCAGGAAGCAGAGCACCCCCUGGGGCAGGGGGAGAUAUACCAAGUGAGUCCUGUGCCAUCGGAGGGUGAAGGAUUCUGUACAGCGCCGUAUGAGGCAGAUGCCAUGUCAGAGAGAGCUCUGCUAGGUAACUGGGGAUCACACAACACAGCCCCCCGGGAGAAAGCGGGAUGCCACCCACAGAGCUCCUCUCAGCUGCCCCCCGACUGCGUGCACUUACUGCGGAGAGCCAAGUCAGACACCGGGGAGAGGAGCCCCUGGGGGCAGCAGGAGUACCUGCACACGGUACAGCCACUGCAGCUAGGUGUGCGGGGAGAGCUGCUGAAUUACAAACAACCGGGUGGACAGGAGCAGGGGGAAGUCCGUGGACAUGAUGUGCAGGGAGAGCAGAACACUGAUGGACAUGGUGUGCAGGGAGAGCUGCUGGAGCAGGAGAACCCCGAUUCUGAGUGUGUGCAGGGAGAGCUGCUGGAGCAGGAGAACCCCGAUUCUGAGGGUGUGCAGGGAGAGCUGUUGGAGCAGGAGAAGCCCGAUUCUGAGUGUGUACAGGAAGAGCUGCUAGAGCAGGAGAACUCCGAUUCUGAGGAUGUGCAGGGAGAGCUGCUGGACCAUAUGCUGGGGUUGAGACUGUCCGCUGUGCUGGCAUCCCGUGGUUUCUCCAGGCUAGAUCUCCAUCACCAUGGGCUUCCGCACGCUGGGACAGAGCAAUGUGUACCGAGCAGACUGCGCCUCACCGACACCCGCUACCCACCGACCCUGCCCACCGAAGAGUCCCCCCGCAGGAGGGCACGGUCCCUGCCCGCGAACGCCAUCCCGGAGGAGGAUGAGGGGGCCACCGUGCUGUGCUGCUGUAAGCUGAAGAAGCGGGUUCAGUUCGCGGACUCCCUGGGGCUCACCUUGGCCAGUGUCAAACUAUUCCUGUCCACCGAGGAGCCCACUGUGCCCCCCGCGGUGCUGGCCAGGCUGCAGAGCUACCCUCCCUCCGCGGGGGAACAGAGAGCCGAGCGGGAACCACAGGAGCCCCUAGCCUGUGCCCUUGUCCCCGAGGAGCUGUUGGUCAGGCUGGCUAGCCGGGGGCUUUGCCUGGAGCAGGCGUCCUCCUCUAGCUGGGGGGUGCGGGGCAGCGUGCUGGUGCAGGGACCCACUGAGGGAGUGCAGGGACCCACUGAGGGGGUACAGGUUAAAAUCCGAUACACUUUCAAUGACUGGCUGUCAUUCCUGGACUGCCCUGCAUCGAGGCAGAGUGCAGCCGGGACCCCUAACCCAGGGGUGCAGCGCUUCCUUUUCUCCUUGUGUUACCCUCCCUCUACCCCCCGCAUCCAGUUCGCUAUCUGCUGUAUCAGUGGGGGUGGGCAGGAGGUGUGGGACAACAACCAGGGCAGCAACUACACGGUGAGCUGCCAGCAGGAGGCGCUACCAGACUUCCAGGCUGCAGACCCUGAGUUGGAGACCUGGGGGGGCCCUCAGCACUGGUAGCCACUUUAAUACAUUGCUUUAUUAGACUGCCUCUGGUUGCAACUUCCCCAUCCACCUUCUACAAAUGCAUCUAAUGUUCUAAAUGCUGUUUUAAGUAUAUGUAUGUACAGCAUCAAAAAUCUAGCUUGGUGAGAGUGACUUAUAGUGGGGGGGGGGAAAGUUGCAAGAAUGCAGCAGAAUCUGUUUUAAAAUGAGCAUUAGUCACUACUUAUUGGGUAAAAUCUCAUGUGAGCCAACUCUGCAUUCUAGAAUCGUAUCCUAUCCGCGAGGGCUAGCCCUCCAACAUUUGACUAACUGGGUUACCAGAUCCAUCAUGCUGUUUUUUGUUUUUUGGACACAAGUCACUACUUCAUGCUAAAGGUGCUCUGCCUCAGUAUGUAGCAUUGAUAAGCUGCGUGAGUGAAAUAAAAAAUAAUAAUAAUUAAACAAGGCUUUCCAAAUGCACUGGCUUAACAUACAGCAGGAAACACUUCUCAUGUAUGGCUGGACAGCAUGCAGUGAUCUGUACCUGGGUAUGUCAUGAAUGGAGCACUUCAUUUCACAUUUCAAUAUACUUGCAGGGUGUAUUUCAGGGAUAUAAGAAAAAUAAUACUGGGAAUAUAUCAAUAAGGAUGUCUUGUAUUUCAUAAGUUUUAUUGUUAGUGACUUAAGCUACUAUCCAGUGUCAGUUCUGCUUUCAUGCAUUUUCUGUAGGGUUUAUAUACUAUGCAUUCAAUUGUAGUGAAUUCAAAAUCAUAUUGCAAAGUUUUGGCAAAAACAGCUGAUUUUAAAAAUUCCCCAACUUCUCCUAAAUUUUGUAUUAUGGAUUUCAGUUCACUGUAGUUCGGGGUUUAGUAAAUAAAACACGGUGUGAAUCUGUUGGAACAUUUUACAAAGUCUCACAAUAUACACAAGUAGAUUUAAUGUCAGAUAUAUUACACUGCUGAUUGCAAAACGAAUACAUUGUUGUACGGUCUUUAAAUUUCUGAUUUCUGUAUUACUACCUUUUU